GUUGUGGUGAAAAUGGCGGCAGUGUUGUUGCAAGAGUUGGAUUCGUCCGAGAUAUCUAAACUGCCGACAACUCUUCAGAGCAAAUUAGAGAAAGUUUUAUUAGACCGGCAGUAUGAAAUAGAUUCUUUGAAAGCACAGCAUGAACAGUUUCGGGUUGACAGCGAGCAACAGAUUUUCGAAAAGGUUGCACAACUUCAGCAGUGUCAGGCGGAGCUUUUGUCUCAGGCUCAAGAACAUCUUAAACUCAAAGAGGAUUUCACUAAGCUGGGUGAAGAGCUGAAAAGUGUUUGUGAGAAGAACAGGGGAAAUGAGUCCGCGCAGGAGAAGCUCUCAUCAGAGCAGACGUUGCUUUCCAAAGCGAAAGAGGAAUUGGAGGCAGAAAAGCGGGAACUCUUGAGGAUGCUGGAAAGGAGAUCUCUGGAAGUUGAGAACUUAAAUGAUGACUUGAGGCAGCUCAAUGAUAAAUUAGUGGAAAUCAACACUUCUAAGAUGGCUCUGCAGAUGAAGUUGGAUGAACUUGAAGCUGCAGAAGUAAAUAUUAAGUACAAGGAGAAGCGGAUGGAACAAGAGAAGGAGCUGCUGCAUGGCCAGAUGUCUUGGUUUAAAGAGGAACUGAAGGCAAAGACAGAGGAGCUGCUCUCCCUGUCCAGGGAAAAGGGGAAUAAAAUCUUGGAUCUAAAAUGCAUGCUGGACAAUAAGGAAGAUGAGUUAAUCAAACUCCAAGAUCAAGUGGCCAGUUUGAAAACUUCAAAUGAACACCUUCAAAAGGAAAAUGAAGACAUGAUCAGCAAACUAAAAGAAGCAAAGGAGCAACAGGCCGUCGCAGAGGAGAAGUUUCGAAACGAGCUGAAUGCCAACAUUAAACUUUCAAAUUUAUACAAGAGUGCAGCAGCAGAUUCUGAAGCAAAAAGUGAGGAGCUGAGUCAGGCGGUGGAGGAGCUGCAUAAACUGUUGAAAGAUGCAGGAGAAGCCAACAGGGUCCUUGAGGAAAGGCUGCAGGCGAUGAACGGUGCGACGGACAAAACUGUUAAUGAGUUAAAGGACAGGAUCAAGAACCUUGAAAACGAGCUGGACAACGCAAAUGACCUAUUGUCAACUUCUAAACUCAGAGGACCUGCUGGUGCAGCCGUGCUGGCAGAGGACCAAAUAACAACAAUGUCUCCGACAGCAGCCGCCGUGUCCAAAAUAAAACCCGGCAUGAAGCUGACUGAGUUGUACACGGCGUAUCUGGAGAGCCAGGAGCAGCUGCAGUUGGAGCGGCUGGAGAAUAAGCGGGUCAACAAGUAUCUGGAUGACAUUGUACAGGAGGUUGAAGCAAAAGCCCCCAUGCUCAAACGACAGAGAGACGAGCAUGAGCGCAUGCAGAAGUCAGUGGCCAGCCUGUCUGCCAAAUUAGAGCAGGCCGUUAAGGAGGUUCACCGUCUGCAGAAUGAGGCUGAUGAAGCCAAUAAGCAAUCCACUGUCCUGGAGAGAGACAAUCAGAGAUAUGAACUCCAGGUGGCUGACAUGGCUCAACAGGUUCGAGUGCUGCUUAUCGAGCUGGAAGAGGCGCGUGGAAACCACGUGCUUCAGGAGGAGGAGGUGAGCUCAGCUGACAUCAGCAGCACAUCAGAAGUGAUCAGCCAACACUUGGUGACCUUCCGCAGUGUGGAGGAGCUCCAGAAGCAAAACCAGCGACUUCUUUUGGCCCUUAGGGAACUGAGUGAUGCCCAAGAGAAAGAAGAGCAGGAGAGCACUGGCAAUAAACGUGUGGAGCUAGAGCAGAGUUUGGAGAAGGCCCAGACUGAGUUGGAGUCCCUGAAAGAGCAACGGAGCCAGCAGAUAAGAAUGACUGAGUCCAUUGUGAGGCAGAGGGACAUGUACCGUAUGCUUCUGGCUCAGGCAACAGGAGUUGCCUUCCCUCAACAAGGAACACCACCGGAGGAGUUUUCUCUGACAUCUACCCCUCGGCGUUCACCAGCAACCACUCCCACCGCAGGAACACCCACCGCACUCGUGGCCAUGACUGAGUCUGCUGAGGCACUGGAGGCCAAGGCCGCCUUGCGACAGUUGCAGGAAGUGUUCUCCACCUAUAAAAAGGAACGGCUUGAGAGCGAUAAGGUGUUGAACGAGCAGAACGAGAAGCUCCAGGAGCAGCUCUCCGACAUCCGCUCUCAAAAUGCCAAAAUAUCAACUCAGCUAGAGUUUGCAUCAAAGAGGUAUGAGAUGCUGCAGGAUAAUGUUGAGGGCUACAGGAAAGAGAUCGCCUCACUUCGAGAGAAAGAACAGAAGAUGACUGCCGCCACGCAGAAACUUGAGCAGACUGUCCACACAUUGAAUGAGGAUCUGAAAGCUGCGAAGGAGAAACUCACCAUGACGGAGGGUCAGGCUCAGAACCUGUGCAAGGAGAGAGACAUGCUGAAGCUGGUGGAAUCCAGGCUGAACCAGGAGAAAGAGACGACUAUGAGCCAACAGCAGAGCCAGAACCUGCUGCUGACCAAUCUCCAGGCCAUACAAGCCACUCUCGAGCGCUCUGAGGCCGAUGCACAUCUGCGUCUCAACAGCCAGAUCGAAAAGCAAGAACAGCAGAUCUCCCAGCUUCAGAAGAGGCUCGAGCAGGAGGUGGAACAGCGCCACCUAUACAGCAGGAACCAAGAAAUUCAACUAAUGGAUGUCAAGAGGCAGUUGGAGACGCAGGUAACCCUACAUCAGAAAACCAAGGAGCUGCUGAAUGCUGCUGAGUUGGAGCUCAACACUCUGAGGAUGCAACAAGGCCGCAAUGAAGCACGACCUACCCUGAGCUCUCCAUCCACACCCAUCAUCAGAGGCCUGCAGGGUUCAGAUCAAGAAAGGGAGGACCUCCAAGGCCGCCUACAGCUGGCUGAAACCCGAGCAGAGGAUCUGGCAGAGAGCCUCAGGGCUGCCACCUCCAGCAUGGAGCAGUACAGAGCUAUGGCUCAAAGCUUAGAGGAGUCCCUGGAGAUAGAGAAACAGGUAACAGAGCAGGCUCGCUUGUCAGUUGAGGCUCGUUUGAAGGAAGCUGAGGAGCAGCGACGGACCCUGGAAGAGAAGCUCCUGGAAGCAGAAAAGGAAAAGCAAGAUUUGGAGGACAACAAGAGAAGAGAACUGGCAACUCUGGAGGAGCAGAUGAAUGACCUGAAGAGAAGUCUGAGCAGUGCACAGACAGAUCAUCAGACAGUGCUUCAGCAGCUGGCUGUAGCUGAAAGCCAGCAGCAACAGGCUCUUCAGGACAGCCAGGAGCAGGCUAAGCUGGCAGCUGAAGCUCAAGAUAAAUACGAGCGGGAGAUGAUUCUGCACGCAGCCGAUGUGGAGGCCCUGCAGGCCGCAAAAGCCCAGGCCCUGCAGGGUGCCGAGCUCAAACACCAGCUGGAAGAGAGAAUCCAGCGAGUCAGUACGGAGAUACUGGAGGCCAGAGUCUCCUGGGAAGUACAGGAAAAGAUCCUCAAGGAGGAAACAACGAAGAUGGAAAGUCGUUAUGAGGAGUUGCAGAGGCAGAACACCCUCCUGCACGAGCAGGUCCAGACCAUGAGCACCAAGAUGGCCGCCAAUAUUCAGCGUGCUGCCAGUGAGAGCUCGCUGAAUGUCUCUUUGAGUGAAGAAGGAAAAUCUGAAGACCAGCUGCUUGAAAUUCUCAGGUUUGUGCGUCGGGAAAAGGAGAUUGCUGAAUCCCGGUUUGAGGUGGCCCAAGGGGAGAGUUUACGUCACCGUUUGAGAGUUGAACACCUGGAACGAGAGCUUAAGGAGGUGCAGGACAGUUUGACUGCUGCAAGGGAGAGAAUGCAGGUGACUGCAAAAACCCUGGCUCAGCAUGACGAGCUAAUGAAGAAGACUGAAACACUAAAUAUCUUAGUGGAGACCAACAAGAUGCUGAGGGAGGAGAAAAACAAAAUGGAGCAAGAACUGAAGCAAACUCAAGCCAAGGUGCAAAAGCUGGAGUCGGACAUCUUUCCUCUGCAGCAAAGCAAUUCUGAGCUGAGUGAGAAAAACGGCAUGCUGCAGACAGAGAAGGCAAUCCUGGAGGAGGAAAUGAAGCGCUGGAAGACUCGAACUCAGUAUUUGCUGAGUCAGCAAAAAGACUCCGAUCCUGACGAGUUCAAACGUCUGCAUACUGAGAAAGAGGUACAUCUGAAACGCAUCCAACAACUUACAGAGGAAAACACUCGACUUAAAGCUGAGUUGAUCAAGGUAAAUAACCUGACAACAUCGCUGCAGGGACAAAUACAGACCAUGCGCGACAGUUUGAGUAAGUCAAACGAUGAAAGGAAUACGCUGAAGAAGGAACUGGAGACUAAAACCCAGGAAAUCCAAGAAAAGGCGCGAACCAUCACCCAGGUUAAGAAGAUCGGACGUCGCUAUAAGACACAAUAUGACGAGCUCAAGGUGCAGCAUGAGAAGCUUGUUGCUGAGGCUGCAGCAGGCCCAUCGCAAGAUGAGGAGGCACGUCAAGCUUCAGCUCAAGAACUGCAGAGCGUAAAAGAUGCCCUGAAUCAGGCUGAAACCAGAGCCAAAGAGCUGGAGGGACAGCUGGAGAACAUCAACAAGGUGGUCACAGAGCAGGACACUGAGCUGCAUAACACCCAGGAACAGUCCUCCAGGCUGCAGACGGAGCUGAACCGGCUGAGGCAGGAGCUGCAGGAGAAGACUUCUCAGGAGGAAAGUCUGAGACAGCAGAUGGCUGAGAAGGACGAGAAAACCAGAAAGGCCCUUCUGGUUGCCAGACAGAAGAUCGGCCAUGUCACAGCCACCAAAGAGCAGCUGCAGAGGGAGAAUGAGGAGCUGAAGCAGCAGCGUGAGGAGCUGGAGGUGCGAGUGAGUGCUCUCAAGUCUCAGUAUGAGGGUCGCCUUAACAGACAAGAGAGAGAACUCAGAGACCUGAGGGGUCAACAAGAGAGACAGGAGCAGAGAGACGAGCCACCGGAUGCAGGUCCAAGCAAGACUCAAGAGCAGCAAAGGACGACAGAACAGAGGCAGAUCAGUCUGAAGACUACCCCUGCUGCAGAGAGGGGCAGCGCAAGCUCUUCUGAGCCUCCAACUGCCAACAUUAAGCCGACACCUGUGGUUGCCACAGCCAGCAAACAGCCCGUCAACCCGGGCAACAAACCCACUCCCCGAGCAAGCAUCAGACCAAUGAUAACCCCGGCCCCUGUGCCCACUCCAACACCCACUGCUACAGUCAUGCCAACCACACAGGUGGAGACCCAAGAAGCCAUGCAGUCUACUGAGGCCCCACCAGUGGAACAUGUGACCGUGUAUGGAAGUGCCAGCGGAUCUGUACGCUCUGCCAGUCCAAAUGUCCAGACCACUUUAGCUAGCGCCAUGCUGACUGUUCAGCAGACCCAGACACAGGCCACAGCAUUUGUUCAGCCAACGCAGCAACAGAGUGUGACCCACCCAGAACCGGACAAUCGGGAGCCUUCACCUGUUGCGAUCGAGGCGACGCCUAGCUCGCAGGUGGAAUGGCCUUCGACGUCCUCCUCUUCUUCCUCCUCUGUGUUCGGCACUGUUUCAGCAACACCUGGGACCUCCGCCAUGUCCAAGAGGCCUCGAGAGGAAGAGGAGAGCAACGCUGCGUUUACCGAGGUUGAGGCGACCCCAGAGGACACAUCCAGGGCUCCUAUAUCAAAAAAGCUGCGAAUCAUCCAAAGAGUUGGACCAGAGGAGGAAGUGAUGGCCGAAGAGAGUGCAGAGGCCGAGGGAGUGGUGCCAUCAGACAGUCAAGAUGGAGCAGAAGCAAGCCAGACAGAGGUUUUAAACCUUGAGGAAGGAGAGGAAGACGCAGCCUCUCAGUCUGUCCCAGCAGAGUCAGGGGCCACCCCAAGCCAAAGUGGAACGCCCGACCACCUGCAGCAGGAAGUCAUCGUCAUACUGACUGAUUCUGAUAGUGAAGGGGACGAAGAAGAAGAGGAGGAAGAGGGAGAAGAGCAUGACUACGCAGAGGAAGAGGAAGAUGAGGAAGAAGAAGAGGAGGACGAGGAGGAAGAGGAUGAGGAGGAUGAAGACGAUGGAGGGAUGGAAGAAGAAGGAGAGGAGAGUAAUGAAGGAAGCGGUGAUGGCAAUGAGGCUUAUGAAGGAGAUGAUACAGAGGGAGCUGAUGUCACAGACCCGGGCACUGAGACAGAGGAGAGUUUGGGGGCGUCUGACUCCACCCAGAGGCCUGCAGAUUCCCAGACACCAAGCUUUGAGGGGAGCCCAAUGGAGGCCUUCUCAACAGAACAGCCAAUCACAAGCUCUGGUGCACGUAUGCCGCAGUCGCCACGGAGACCAGUGCAGCAGCUUCCGUCCCGGGUCAACAUCCAUCCCGCUCAGUCUUCAGAACUGGGACCACCUGCUCAGGUUCAUCGUGUCCCUGUCCGUCGCCAGUCUGUGGGCCGACUAAAUCCCAGCAGUGCUCAGCAUUUCUUUGAGGAAGAUGACAGGAUGGUUCCCAGCACUCCUACUCUGGUGCCUCCUCGUUCUGAAGGUUUUGAACAGGCCAUCCAUUCUCCCCAGGUUGCUGGAGUCCCCCGCUUCAGGUUUGGCCUUUCAGAAGAUGUGCCUCAAACCAGCUCCUCCUCACACUCUGACCUUGGACAGCUUGCCUCACAAGGAGGCCUUGGGAUGUAUGAAAGUCCUCUGUUCUUGGCUACUCAUGACGAGGAGUCAGGUGGACGCAGUGUUCCCACCACUCCACUGCAAGCUGCAGCACCAGUAACCGUGUUCUCAGAGGCUGCACAGUCUGACACAACAGACCACGCCUUGCAAUCAGUCCCCAUGGUGAGCACAUCAACACCCGGCUUUGUCCUGCCAGGAAUUGCCGGGGCUGGGGAAGAGAUUUUCCUGGAACCAGACACUGAAAGGCCCAGUGCUGAAGCAUCUGUGGAUCAUGUGGUGUCACAGGGAGACACGGAGGAGCCUAGCCAGCCUUCUGACAAAUCUAGCCUUCCCUCCACCAGCCAGGAACCUUCCUCCAGCUCUGCAGAUACGAGCAGCGCAGCACCUAAACCCUCUCGUCUUGGACCCACCAGACAACUGCUGCGCUGGCAAGACAGCCGUGGAGGUCGGAUGAAGAGAGGAGGUAAUAAAUAUAAAGUUUUUGCUCGUUAUAAUGGUCAGUGGUUCUUAAGAACCCAUUUAAAACACUAGUUUAAUGGCCAUUCAGCAUUUUGACACACGCAGCUCAACCGAACUGAGAGCAUAAACCGGCUGAGAUGGAGAGUUUCGUGGCCAUUUCCCGCCUGUCUUCCAGG